CCGAUACUGUGUGGCGCGGCUCUUGUUGCUAUAAGAUCAAACACUAGUCCCUGAUGGAUCUGAAGCCUCCUCCUUAUGAGAAACCUCCUCCAAUUCCGGAGUUGCCGGAUCGUUUCCCGGCUGUGGAAGGGGUCGGACAAAUGCAGCGGCCCAAACACCCAACAUCCUACGUAGAGACUCUAGGUCAUUUCCUCAAGGCGAACAUUGCGUCUGGAAUUUACGCGAUGGGAGAUGCUUUUAGAAACGGAGGCUUGAUCCUAGCUCCAUUCCUGACUGCGGUUUUAGGUGGUAUUUGUGUCUUCAACCAACAUAUAUUGGUGAACUGUGCCACUGCGGUGAGGGAGAAGUACAAAUUGAACUACUACCCAGGUUAUGACACAACAGUGGAGCUCUGUUUUAGUUCUGGACCUCCGAUAUUCCAGAAGUACGCCUCCCGGGGAAAAUCAGCUGUAAAUUUCUUCCUCAUUGUUGCACAGCUGGGCUUCUGCUGUGUUUACAUGGUUUUUGUCACCAGCACAACCCAUCAGAUCUUACACAACUUCGGCAUCGAGUUAGAGAUCCACCUGAACAUGUUGGUCACACUGGCUCUGCUCCUUGGCUUCAUCAUUAUACGCAACCUCAAGUACCUCGCACCAGUAUCAUUGUUUGCCACAGCCACAAUGUUCCUUGGUGUCGGCCUGACCAUCUACAUCAGCAGUCAGGAUCUUCCCCCGAUCAGUUCUAGGUACGCUCUGCCGUCCUGGGUGCAGCUGCCGCUGUUCUUCGGGACUAUCAUCUACGCCUACGAGGGCAUCAGCCUGGUGUUACUUCUACAAACUGAAAUGGAGAGCCCUGAGAAGUUUGAUAGUCCUCUUGGGGUUCUAAAUGUUGGCAACAUCAUCGUAACUGUACUGCAAAUCAUCGUCGGCUUCAUCGGAUACCUCAAGUAUGGAGAAGAUGUAAAGGGAAGCCUUACCCUCAAUCUGCCUUUUGACAGUGAUCUAUCACAGUUUGUCAAGAUCGCCACAGCCAUCGGGAUCUUGUUGACGUAUCCGAUCAUGUUCUACGUUCCCGUAGCCCUGAUCUGGCCGGCUGUGGUCAAACGAUGGGGACCUUUCAACAAAUCUGCUAAAUAUGAAAUCAUCCUCAGGCUGGUGCUUUGCUUUCUUACAUUCAUACUGUCGGAGAUCAUCCCAGACCUGGGUUUGUUCAUCUCGCUGGUUGGCGCAGUCAGCAGCACGGCGCUAGCGCUGGUGUUCCCCCCUCUCUGUGAUAUAAGCAUGCGCCAGCUAGACGGAGAUUUUGGCUUCCUCGGCUGGCGUAAAAUGGUGGAUUAUCUCACACUCAUCAUCGCCUUCUUUGGCUUCUGCACCGGAAGUUAUUUCAGUUUAGUCCAUAUUGUACAAGCUUUUGGUUCAUCGACAGAAGAGAGUUAGUGUUAAAGGGUAUUUGUCACAAAAGAUUGUUAAAAAGUGAGAAUUCUUUACUCACAGGAAGCUCUGUUAACAUUGGACUCAUGGGUGUCCAUAUAUUUCCCAUAAAGCGAGCUGGGGUGUCUGAUGGGGUUUGUUUAAAGUAACCUCUUAAAAGACAAGGGUCCAGAGAAUUUUUAAUUGCGGUGCAAAAUUAUUAUUUUACACAUUUUGAUACCUAUAUAGUUCAGCCGCUUAGAAAACGACCUGCGCGCUAAUGCUAAACCAAUGCUGGAGGAGGUCGCUUUCCAAGCGUCCGAACUAUAGUACCUAAAUUUGCUUAGUCAAUUUGAAGAUUUUUUCAUCGAUUUUUUAAUUUUAAAACUUACUUCUGUGGCCACUCCUCCAAGCAAUGCAUCCAUUUAUAACUUAUAACCCAUUUAUAACUUAUAACCAUUUGUAACUCUAGCCUCUUUCUUCCUGCCAGUCUCCUUAUUUCCUUCUCAACUUGAUCCCAUCACUUGUGGUUAAUGCAAACGUGGUGUCUGGGGGGGGGGGGGUUAUCUUAUUAAACUAAAACUUAAUUGAUCAAAAAAGAUAAAAUAGAAAUGACAGUCGUAAUCUUCAAUUUAAUAAGGGAGCUAUUUUAAAUAAAUAGUCACUAGAUCUUGUUGAAGAGAUCCUAUAUAUCAAAAAUCCUAUAUAUUAAUGAGCAAGAAUGAUUCUUAAAAACCUUUUUCCUCAGCUCGUAGGCAUCACAGGGGAAAUCUACUCAUGCUGCUAGAAAGAUAUUUUUCUUUAGAUGUGCAGAAUCCCUUUAUAAAUUAAAAUAGGCUAAAAAAUAAUAACAGAAAAUUAAUUUAAAAUUAAAAAAAACUUACAUGGUCCUUAUGGGUUGCUUAUGCUGGUGACAAAAUGUACACAGAAAAUGAAAACAAAUUGAAGAAAUUCCCAUCACAUGUUAUAAUUUACAGCGUAGGGAAAAAAAGAGAUGUCUGUACAUUACAUUUUUUUGGUUGAGUUUUCGACCACUGGAUGACCUCUAGUUUACUAAUUAGAGGCACAGUAAGUUAUAGAUAAGCUAUACAUAGGUACUUCUUUGUAAAAAUAUGUGUUUAAUUUGUAUUAUAAUAUUUUGUAUUUGUAGGUUUAUUUGUUUUUUAUAAAAAGAUGCAAUGCACCAUUUGUUUACUGUAAAUGUACUUAUACAUGUAGGUUUGUUUUGAAAAUGUAAUAAACUUAUAUGUUUCAUUUAAAACCAAA